AUGGCCAGGCCGCACCAGUACCUGCACCCAACCGCCGGCCCCAACUCGAGCCCGUCCGCCUCGCCCGCGCUCUCGUCGACCUCGUCCGCGGCGUCGUCCCACUUUGGGUUCCGCCGCUACGCCUCGACCAACUCGCUCGCCACCUCGAGCUCGACCUCGUCCCCCUUCCCCUCGCCACGCCCGCACGACCUCGCCAAGAGCGACGCCGCCGCCGCCGCCCCGCCGCGCGACUACUUUGAUCAGCAGCUCGAGGCGGCGACCGACGGCAUGCGGCCACACUCGGGCGCGAGCCAGUACGCGCAGCCUGGCCAGUACUACACGCACGCCCCACCAGGCUCGACCUUCGCCCAGCAGCCCCGCAUCAGCUCGCGCACCGCGCCACCUCCCGGACCCCCGACGGCGAUCUUUGCCCAACCUCCUCCGCCGCGUGGCUACUCGCCCGCCCACGAUGCGCGCGCCCAGCACGCCCACCAGGGGCGUCAGCCUCGCCCGCCGUCCCAGCUGCAGCAGCCGCACAAGCUCUACCGCCGCGGCGACGACGACCAAGUUCGCCCGAGGUCAACUAUCGGGCCGGCGCGCCCGUCGUCGCGCGUCCUCCCAGGGCAGCACUACGCACGUGCGCCCGGCCCGCCGCCGCACCUGUCGUAUGGCGCCCAGGUCCAGCGCGCGCCCGAGCCGCCGACCUCGCCAACAUGGUCCAACAGGUCCGGACUUUCCGGCACCUCCGCCUCGACCACCUUCACUUUUCCAGCAGCGCAAUCUCUCUCCCUUCCUCCUACGCCUUCCUCGCCGUCUUUUCCUCGCGGCAUGCACGCCCCUCCUCCCCGUCCUCGCGACUCGACGUCGUCGCCUUCCUCGUCGACCUUCCCGCACGGCAUGCAGGGGCCUCCUCCUCGUUCGCGCGCCUCGUCGGCGUCGCCAGCCCGCUCGUCGGCACCUCGUCCAUCACCUCCUCCCCCUGUACCUGCGCCUACCGCCCUCUCUCUCGGCCCGCCGUUCGACGUCGCCGACUGGACCUCGCCGUCGCUCCCGUCGGUCGUCUCGCCGUCGAUGUACCUGUCGUGGCAAGAGUCGCCGCUCGAGAAGCAGCGCGGGUUCGAGACGGUCUUUGUCGACGCGCAGGCGCGGCGCGUCGUCUUUGUCGCGCGCGAGUACCGGCGAGGCGAGGACGGCGUCCUGAGGCGCGAGUCGGCCGGCGGCGCGUUGGCCGAGGACGGCAUCCUGUGGCCCGAGUGGCACGACGGGCUCGGGCCGUCCGAGGGCGCCGAGGCCGGCCAGGCGCGCAACGAGGCCGAGGGCGUCGAGUGGCUCCUCCUCGAGGUGCCGACCGCCCAGCAGCGCGAGCGCGGGUCGGACCAGCUCAAGAAGGUCGGGCUCGUCACCGAGCAGACGCUGUUCCUCCAGCAGGGGCGCAAGAUCCGGUGGAGCAAGUUCUACCGCCGCGCCAUCUUUGGCAACGCCGAGCCCCUGUGGAAGGGCGUCGGCGGCGGCAAGUACCGGUGGGUCAAGCUCAAGGACCCGAGCUGCUUCCAGCUCGUCGACGACAAGACGCGCGAGGUCGUCGUCAGCGUUCGCGAGCAGGUUGGCAAACCGACGCAGCUCAUCCUCUCGGCGCUCAUCCUCCCCUCGAUCCAGCCCGUCGUCCUCACCCUGCUCCACCGCGCCUACGCCAUCGCCAAAAAGGCGCGCGCCUCGGAUCAGCGCGUCUGGGAGGAGGAGGAGGUCGUCGCGUGGUGACUUGGAGGAGGGACUGGACGAGGAGCUGGGCGGGCGGGCGGAACGGACACUCGAGGCUCGACCUCACCUUUUGAUACCCC